AGUAAACGAAGGCAACUUCAAAGUGAGCAUUCAGGUUUAAAAAGGAAUUCUUUAGAUGCAUUCAGAUCGCGUCUUUCAUCAUUGUGUUGUUUUGUACUGAAAUCACAUAAAAAUCGCAGAAAGGAAUUAAAAGUUUUUUUAUUUUUACAUGAAAGACGAAUUUUCGACAAUAGAAUGUUUAUACAACAUGCAUUAAUGUCUAAUGAAAAAAUAUGUUAAGAGCAUAAUGGAGUCAUUAACCGAACCAGUGAGAAAAAGUUUGCUAGAUGUGGUGCAACAUAAUCUUCGCGCUGCUGGCUGCAAAACUUAUGUUACGCGAGUGGUUUACUUCGGGGAGUAUCGUGGAACUCAUGAAGUUUUGCGAAAGAGAAUGGAAAAUAUUAUACGGGAUUUACAUAUGGAUUACAACAACAUGACCAUUACAGGAUUGUUUCUUGUUUACCCGACUUGCUACGUUCACGUGUUAGAGGCGUGGGAAGAUAUCAUUUAUAAGCACUAUGAGCUUAUGUACGCCACGGACGACGAUGAAUGUAAAUUCGGAAAAGCAAUUCCCUUGCCUUCGUAUCAUCACGUUCAUCAAAGAUACUUCGCAGGGUGGUGCCACGUCUACACGAUACCGCCGACUUUAAUAGGAACGUUAGAAGCUCGUACGUUAGACGAAAUUCUAAAGCAGGUCUCAAACUGUCUAAUAAAAGUGUACACGUUAUGCGAGUAUAUUGCAAAUGCGGUGCGUGAAAAGUCGAUCGACGUUCAAGACGUGCUACGGAACUUGGGAGACAAAGCGGCCCGGUAUCUCCCCGAGAGCACAGUCCUCGAGUUUCUCUUGAACGUGAACUCGCCUGUGCUCAAAACUGUCGAGGAGUAUUUGCGAAUGUAUUGCGAUGCAUCGCCGAGCGCAUUCUGGGACGGUAAGAAUUACACGUAAAUACCCACUAAGCAAAACGUUAGCUGUAAAGCCAGCAAACUAUUGCGCUAGAUUAGUAUGAACUUAAACCCGUGUUCUGCAAGCAGAUUCGACAUAAUUUAACAACAGAUUGUCAGCAAAAACCGAAUUUAUCAUUUAAAUGAAUAAUACUUA